GGCCAGUGCAACCUGACCAAUCAGGAUGCAGCAGUCUAGCGGCGAAGAGUCGGAGAGUAAGCAUCGUCCUGCCGGGACUAGGACAGUACCUGCUAGCAUCCUCAAGGCAGGAACGGAAUCAGUUGGGAACCUUACUCCCGAAGAAGCAGAAGAAUUACAGGUCCAGUUAGAGAAAGAUAAGCGAGCAGUAUAUCAACACCCUCUGUUCCCACUCAUGGCGUUAUUAUUUGAGAAGUGUGAACAGGCCACCCAGUCACCUGACCCACCGACGUCGGCGAGCUUUGAUGUCGACAUCGAGGAGUUUGUCAACAGGCUGAAGAGAGAGGGCAGCACAUUCUUUAUUGAAGACACAGAAAUUGAUACAUUAAUGAUCAAAGCAAUCCAAGUACUAAGAAUACACCUGCUAGAGCUGGAGAAGGUUAAUGAACUUUGUAAAGACUUCUGUCAUAGAUAUAUAACUUGUUUGAAGAGCAAGAUGCAUAGUGAGAAUUUAUUGAGAGAUGAACGAGGAGAAGCCACUCAAUUUGAUAGUCAGUACUUAUCCAACGGAGAUCUCUUAGAUCUAGAACCACCGCCCACGGAACAUAAUCAGAUCCAGAACCAUCCCACCUCAACACCAAACAGCCAACCUGUUAUAUUACAACAUGGAACACAUUCACCGGCAAAUCAAUAUCAGGCAGCUACGGUAGUCAACUCUGCGGGUCAGGUCGUCUACACUCCAGUUAUACCACAGGGUGUCGUGACACCACAGGGAUUAUUAACUCAGUCCAUUCCAGGCAACAAUGCCCACCACCACCACCACAAGAAGAAGUCCGAACCUCAGCAGCAACUGCAGCAACAACAACAACACGUGGUACCGAUCAUACAUGGUUCUACUCCUCUUUCACAGAUCGGUAUCUCACAUCAGGGUCAAAGUGCGGGUCAACAGCAACCUCCCAGCAUGCUCUCUCUCAGCCAAGGGGAUCUCAGGGUCGCGAUGGCGGACGCUGCCGAGGUCAACGACCUGCUCAACAAGAGGAAGCCCAAACGAGGGGUGCUACCGAAGCAUGCGACCACCGUCAUGAGGUCAUGGCUGUUCCAACACAUAGUGCAUCCGUAUCCCAGUGAAGAUGAAAAGAGAAUGAUAGCAGCUCAAACCAAUCUUACUAUGUUACAAGUUAAUAAUUGGUUCAUCAAUGCAAGAAGGCGGAUCUUACAGCCGAUGUUAGACGCCAGUAAUCCCGAAGCUGCCACGAAGAACAAGAAACCAAAGAGUCAGAACAGACCAUCAACUCAACGAUUCUGGCCCCAGUCGCUUGCCCAGCUUGGUCAGACGACAACAGUAACACAGUCAACAGCAGGUGGGACUAAUGCAUUGGACAGGAGAAGCUUGGAUGAUGAGGCUGCCCUCUCUAGCAGUGCAUUAGACAGUGUAAGACAUCUAUCCUCCGACAGCAUGUCACCUAUGCUUGGUGUCAGGCAACGGUCGCCGUCAUCGGUCUCAUCGCUGGACAACUUAGGAGCAAGCGGCGGGGACAGUCUCCACGACGACGAUGAAGACGAUGACCUCUCCACCAAUUUAGAACUGGGUAGUGAUUCGGGGAUGGUGGAUUGAUAGUAAAUUGGAUGAAGCCAACGUCGGAGAGAUAUGGACUUUAUUACUGGAAUCAAAGACAUAGAGAGGGAGAUAAACUUAAGAAGCCGUGUUGUCAAGAGCUUUGACAUGUGUAUUCUGAAUCAUCACCAUGCUAACGGAGGAUUCUACAGUCUGCAUGGGUGAAUUCAUUGACAAGGAAGUGUUUUAGCUAUCAUUCUGAAAGUUUUGAAACCAACGGUCAUGACAACUUCAUGCUUUUUACUGUCACUUGGCGCUUUACAAGCAUUGGGUCCUCAUAUUCAUGAAAAGUUCCUCGUGUACAUUUAGUUGUCGGCAAGUACAUUGGGUAAAAAGAGCAUAGCCAUGGGAUUACUUGAUGUAUUCAGAGAAUACUGGGCCCUGGUAGUUGGUUAAUUUAUGUACGACAUGCUCCCUCUCCACUCCCUUUGGAAUAUUCUAAGGAUUUGCCCAUCAUGGGUGUAUGUAUGAUGAGUAAUUCGUGCAAUGGAUUUCAACAUCUAGUUAGGGCCAGUUUCUUUAAGAAAUUUUUGCAACUUUUUCCAUUACGGUAACUGUGUUGGGAACAUUGAUUUUGGUACAUGUAUGCAGCUAAGCCCUGUGACCAUGGUACGUAUCGUAAUGGUUACAUAACCGUAAUUGUGAAUCCUUUCAUGAAAAGGGCCCUUUGUCCUCAUUUUUCUCCCGGGUAUAGGAGGGCAAAUAUGGAUUAAUGCUGUGUCUCUGGUCAUCUACCAUAUCACAAAGUGUGGAGAAACUCAAGAAACCAAUGUCAUGUGUUUGAUGUUUGAUGAUUAUGGGAUUUUUUUCACUUGCAACAAGAACUGCCAUAAUUUCAAACCAGUAGUAUAUCCUCAAGUUUGAUCAUCUAGUCCUUUAGUAUAUGACUUGACUUACUGACUUUGGUGAAUAGGACGGUGUGUCCCUUCGCUCUCCUACGGGUGAUCCUUUUCCAUUCAGUUCUACCCUGGGCUAGGCCUUCAGCAUCCAGUAGAGGGAGUCCCACACCAUGACAUCAUGUCUGACAUGUCUCCAUCUGGAAGGGGACGUCCUGGUAGUCUCCUUUUUUACAAAGUUGGGCAAUUCCAUAAUAUAUGUACUUCCAACCCCCUAUGCGUGUGACCUUCACAAAAUUCUCUAUCUCUGAAUUUCAUGUUCUUUUGACAGUCUGUAAUGUUCUCAAAGGACCAUGACUUGGUCAAUUUAUGAAGUGAAGUAAGACUUGAGAAAAAUGGGGGUCAGAUGUACAAUAAGGUUGAACAUUUUAUGGAAUUGCCCAGUUAUUUCUGUAAGCCUGGACUGGAAAGCGGUUUUGUGGCAUAAAGCAUAUUUCCACGAACCACCUCAGGUGUUUUUGUUUUUUUAGCUUCCUCACACAUUGUGUUUGUGAUAUGUAAUCUCCUGAUGUCCUCAUUCCUAAUAUUGUCCAGUAAAUGAACCCAUAUAUAUCGGUGAUAAAACACAAAUUAUCCAUCACCUUACAAUUUCCAAGUUUUCAAAUUUAGUUAUGGUUUAUUCUACAAGACUCCUGUGAAAGCGCUCAUUCUUUUCAGUCUCUCAUUAGGGGACCUUCUGCAGUAGGUACUUUCUAAGGGACCUGGUAAUGAUGAUUUUUCUUCAAUGAAUAUUUGGGUAUCAUGUUCACUGCUCCUAUAUGAGCUAUAGUAUAUUUUGUCUUCUUAUGUCCAUUAUGUUUAUUUAGAAUGUGAAGUCUGAAAGCUUACAUGUAUGCCCUAAAGAUCAGUGUAUUCAGCAAAAUCCCUUUUUGCCAAAAAAAAAGAAAUAAAUAAAUGAAAUACGGUAGUCGUUUUAAAUCUUGCAAUAAAUGAAAAACCAAGGGAGAGGAAAAUAUUUAUACAAAGUUUGGGUAUUAUGUUCAAGUACAUGUAAUCACUUUGGUCAAAGGUCUGCACUUUGAAAACACCGUAUCACCUUUGAGUCUCCGAAAGAUAAGACAAAACUGGUAUAGGGAUCUAUGUUCAGGCCCUUAUCAGUUAACAUCCAAGCUAAAACUUGAAGUGAACUAUCUUGGUAAAUGAAAAAAAAAAUCUGUAUGUCUAGCACAGUGAAAAAUAAUGCUGUUUUGUAGCCAUUAUAUAUGUACCAAAUCUCUAUGGAGAAAUCCAAAUAACAAAAAUUUGCUUUUUCUAUCUGUUUUUUCAAAAGUCACUCUGAAAUGGCUUUAAAACGGCUCUAAAAAGGAAGUACAAUGGCUAUAAAACAGCACAAUGCUCACCAUGGUUAGUUUCGGUGAACCUAUAUCAAAUCUCGAGAAAUGUAUAUUUCCAGUAGGUAAUAAGCUGCAUAGAUUGCACUCCCAAGUGUUCAUUCAUAAUCAUGAAAUUACUGUUGUAGGUUUGUGGUAGAUUUUUUCCUGAAACUGAUCCUUUAUUUAUGACCCCCUCCCCCCAAAAACAGAAAUAUCUUGAAAUAAUUCAAUAUUAUUUUUAAAAAAUUGCUGCUUUUCUGAUAUUCAGAAUGUAUUCUAAUACCAUGCAUUUGCAUGCACCCUUGUUCGGUCACAUGACUUUAUCAAGUCACAUGACCUGUAUUCAAGCAGUCAGUUGUUUUUAUUCAGGAAAAAACCUGAGUUUUUAUUUUGCUGCUGAGGAAUAGACCUCAAGCUCCUCAUUUUUGUACACAAAAUAGUUUUUAUCAGUUUAAAAAUAGUUGUGUGUAUUUUUUUCAUGACAUUAAUGUUAGUAAUAUUUAAGAAUGAAUUUUAGUCCUUUCAUUGAUUUUUGUUGUUUUUUCAAAUAAUUUUUCUAUAUGAUUCUGCCAUUUUUAUAUCUUAGUUUUUUUAAGCAAGUUUUUCACUAGUAUUUUGCAUGAAGAAUAUUUUGGAUCCAUAAUUUUCUAUUGAUAACAAAAUCACAGAAUGUAAGACUGCUACUAUUCAUGUCCAUUUUGUUGAAAUAUGUAUAUGAAAUUAGGGGCCCAGCCAGAAACUUGCAUGAAAAGUUUACAUUUCAAAAUUUUCUAUGACAUGUCAGACUGGUAAUGUGAUAUCACAAUCACUUUGUGAGAGGAUUCCACCAUACAGCGUGGCCAUUUUAGUUUUUUCUGUGCAAGUUCUAACUACUUUUAUGGAACAUUCAUGCAGACGGCCCUGCCGACAAGGUUUCACUGGUGAUAAGCAUUUUGUUGAAUGACACAUCCUAUUGAAAGUCACAAAUUUUCAUGGUUUAUCUCUUUAUUAUCAAAAUGAUGCAAUCUUAGGGACCCAAAAAAUAUUUCAAAGACCACAAAAGGAAAAGGGGCUUGUUUGAAGUGUAUCCUGAAAGUAAGAAAAUAAAAAAAACAUGACCGUUUUUCAAAGAAAGCAAAGUGUACAGCCUGCCGAUCAGUUUAAAACUUUGUCUUUGUGUUUUUAUUUGCUCUAAUGAUGAUUCCAAAUCCUAAUCUUUGCCUUUUAAAUAUAAAUUACUUUUUUUACAGAACAAAACUUAUUCUUCUAACAUGAAUAUUCCAAAAUAAAGAACUUUCCAAAGAAUGAUUUCCUUUUUAUAACAGGAAGGUCCUUUUAAACACAGCUGAUCUGCCCCCC